GUCCCGUCCGACUAAAACCCAAAUCCGGCCCCGACCGACGACGCGAGUCAAAGAGCAGCGGCGACCGCGCACAUCACCACCACCACCCGCCUGACGGAGCCCUUCCUUCCCAUCGGCGGCGGAGAUGGUGGGGUGGCUCAAGGCGCUGGUGUACGGCGCGGGGGGCAUGGCGGUGGUGGGUCUGGCGGCGCUGGUGGCGCUGCAGGAGCGCCUCGUCUACGUGCCCGUGCUCCCUGGUCUCCCGCGAGCCUACCCCAUCACGCCCACGCGCCUCCGACUCAUCUAUGAGGACGUCUGGCUCCGCGCCGCCGACGGCGUGCGCCUCCACUCCUGGUUCCUCCGCCAUUCUCCCACCUGCCGAGGUCCAACCAUUCUGUUCUUCCAGGAAAAUGCCGGCAAUAUUGCACAUCGUUUGGAAUGCGUUCGACUAAUGAUGCAGCGGCUACAGUGCAAUGUGUUUAUGCUUUCUUAUAGAGGGUAUGGUGAGAGUGAAGGUUAUCCUUCUCAGAGUGGCAUCACAAAAGAUGCACAGGCUGCGCUUGAUCAUCUACUUCAGAGGAAGGACAUUGACACAUCCAGGAUAGUUAUCUUUGGGAGAUCUUUAGGAGGUGCUGUUGGAUCAGUUCUUGCAAAGAACAAUCCUGACAAGGUGUCUGCUCUAAUAUUGGAAAAUACUUUUACAUCUAUAUUGGAUAUGGCUGGUAUCAUGCUGCCCUUCUUAAGAUGGUUCAUAGGCGGCAGUUCUGCCAAAGGCCCAAAACUUCUUAACUGUGUUGUUCGCUCUCCAUGGAGUACACUUGAUGUUGUUGCAGAGGUCAAACAACCCAUUCUCUUCCUUUCUGGAUUGCAAGAUGAACUGGUUCCCCCUUCACACAUGAGGAUGCUGUAUGACAAAGCUGUUGAACAUAACAGGAAUUGUAGGUUUGUUGAUUUUCCCAGUGGUAUGCAUAUGGAUACCUGGAUUUCUGGAGGGGACCGCUACUGGAGGACAAUUGAAUUGUUUCUGGACCAAUAUGCCCCAGAAGUAGAGAGUUCUGAUGUCAGCUGCACAAGUGAAAUUGCUGAUGAUGAUAAAGCUGCAUAAUAAUUGGGAUAUUUAGAGCAGCCUGCUGUUUUCCACCAGUUUUUCUGAUGUUGAUGCAAUUCCGGUCUUUGAUGGAUUGAAGAUCAUUUCAAACAAUUAAUUCAGGUGAUUGUUCUGCUCCAUUCCACCUGAAGAAGCCAAAGCUGUGAAUAUAUUUUGAGGUUGUUCUCCAUCCUAUGAUGCUGCUGCAUUUGUGUAUGGAGUGACAUAUAUAUAUUUCUGAGCCUAGCAUGGCCUUCAACUCCCGAGUUUCUGUACAAUGUUGAAUUGGCUUCAUUCAAGUAUUUGCAAUUUAUUGGAACUAGUAGUACCGUAUGUUAGCAAAUCUAGCCUUGGUGUAUGACGGUUCAGUAUAGGGUAAUCUUGUUGGCUCAGCCAUUUGGUUCUGUUAUUAUGACUGUUGCUACCAACAUGGUAUCUUGUUUUUUUGCGCCUGCUGUGCAAAAACCUGCAGCUUUCAAUAUCUUUGUUUCUGAAAA